AUGCCGAGAUUCAGGAUGUUGCCCCGCACAUCGCGGAUCGUAGCGCUCUGCUCCGCCGCGAAUUUCAUCAACGCCGCGGACCGCGUCAUCAUGCCGAUGGCGAUCGUGCCGAUGACCGACGAGUUCAAGUGGAACUUGUACUGGCAGGGCUGGAUACUGUCCGCCUUCGCUUUCGGAUACUUCACUAGUCAGAUUAUCGGUGCAAGCACAGCCAGUCGCUUUGGAUGCAAGACAGUGCUCAUGCUGGCGGUUCUGUUAUGGUCGAUUAGCACAGUGAUCACUCCACUGUUGGCACAAUCAGUGCCACUGUUAAUAGUUUGUAGAGUAGUUUUAGGACUUGGAGAAGGACUGGGCCUACCGGUGAUAUUUCACUUAUUCGCUCAUAAUGUUCCUGUGGAGGAAAGAUCACGUGCUUUUGGUUAUCUGAUAGCUGCUGGUUCAGUUGGCCAAGUGGUCGCAUCUGUUAUAUGUCCACACUUGGCAUGGCAAACUGGAUUUUAUCUAUUUGGGACUAUAGGUAUUCUGUGGACUUUGUUGUGGCUGAUAUUGUAUCAGGAGACUAAUUCUCAGGAUGAGAUACCAUUGUUUGUUCCUAAGGUAAAUUUGAAAGUUCAAUUGCUUACAUUCAACUACCCUACAGUAGAUGCAACACUCUUAUUUCUUGAUAUUUGGCAGGUAGCUCAAAACAGAAGUUUACGAUGGACCGAAUUCAUUGCCCAUUGGCCUUUGUGGGCUUUGUAUAUAGCGCAUUUCGCGAUGAACUGGACUAACUACAUAAUAAUGCAGUGGCUACCAACUUACUUGGCAAGAAAUCUGUCUGCAAACAAGGAAAGCAUUAGCUUGACGGCGCUCCCUUACAUUGUUAACUCUCUCAUUGGUAUUGUUGCUGGCCACAGCGCCGAUAGCUUGAUACAAAAGAGAUGGUCGGUGUUAUCUGUGAGAAGAUUAAUGACAAACAUAGGCCUAGUGGGACCGGGUGCAUUCCUAUUGGCUUUCUGUGCCGUAGAUAAUCUCCUUGCCGCCGUCAUUUUCGUUUCGAUAUCCAUGGGCCUUUGCGCGUGCAAUUCUGCCGGGCAUCUCAGUAAUCACGCGGACAUAGCUCCGAAUCAUGCGGGAGUUACAUUCGCAGUCUCAAAUACAAUUGCGACAGUACCUGGAAUUCUGUGCGGCCCGCUGACGGCCGAAUUAGUGACUGCCUCGCACGGCUGGUGGAUGCCGGUUUUCGUGUUGGCGGCCGCGAUUAACUUUACCGGGGCUAUAAUAUACCAGAGCCACAGCUCGGCGCUUCCAGUAUUGUGAUAUGCUCUACUUUUCGGGCAGCGGUUGUGCGCCACCGAAGAGAAAGCAACGACAAAAUGUCUGUCGAAGACAAUGCAGAGAUGGGUGUUUACACUGAGCCUGUUGUGAACGAUUUCUAGUGCAUCGAUUGUGAAUAUUCGCAAGGACCUACACGCAUACACACGUACGCACACGCACACGCGGCGCGUUCGAUCAUUAAAUAUCGGCCAGUCGAUAACAUAUCAAGAUAUCGUAUUUAUACUUUAAUCAUGGAAUUAACCGAAUGUGAUUUUCACGAAUAGUGCCAUAAUCUCUAUCUAUACGUAGCAUAAAUGUACAGAACGGAAUUGGCUUCGAGGAUUCAUCGAGGGCGUGUGUACAUGUUUAUGACAUCAUGCGCUUUUAUUUAUAUAUGUAUAUAUACAUAAUAAAUUAGUGGACAACGUUUUGUGAUACACAUAUAUAUAUAUAUGUUCUGAUAUAUCAGAUUUUUAUUUAGUCAGAGUUACAUAGGACGCAAGAUGUAUAUUCUAUAAAACUCAUAAGACUGUGUAUAUAAAAGAAAUUUUAACUUUCACGUUUAUAUGUAUAUAUAUAUAUAUUUUUAAGUAAUUUAAAACAUCGAAGAGAGAGAAGGAGAAAGAGACACAGCACACACGCUUCAUCGGUAUGUCGUGGGGAAACCGAGAAACAGCAAAGUUUGUAAAAUGUUAAAGUUAAAAAUGAUUUAAGAGCAAUACAAAGCGAGCUGAUUCUACAAUGUAACUUAUGCAGAGCACACUUAUGCGAUCACGCGCGGCUGAUGUUAUUACGUGAAUUAUAAGAGCAGGUCCUUUCUCAAGUAUUCCGACUGCAACAUUUGCGACAGUUUAUCCCCGGGUACACUUUUGUUCAGAACGUUCAAUCCUAUUUUAAUAAAAGCGUCACCCUCGCAA